AUGCGCGUUCUUUCAGGAACUCACGCUGAUCCGCAGCAGCAGCAGCAGCAACAGCAGCAGCAACAGCAGCAGCAGCUCAGGGCCAACAACCGUGACACGCAAUCUCUACCUUUGACAGAGCCACAUGCAAAAAACAGAACACAGCCACAGCAGCUGCAGCAGCAGCUGCUGCAGCAGCUGCUGCUGCAGCUGAUGGGAGAUCAGCAGCAGCAACAGUCCGCCACCGAACGUAACGCCGUCCUUCAGAAUGCAACUGUCGCGCAGCAGCAGCUGCAGCAACAACAGCUGCAGCAGCAACAGCUGCAACAACAACAGUUGCAACAGCAACAGCAGCUGCAGCAACAACAGAUGCAGCAGCAACAGCUACAGCAGCAGCUUCAGCAACAGCUGCAGCAGCUCCAACAACAGCAGCUGCAACAGCAAAGGCAACAGCAAGCACAGUUGCAACCGCCGCACCAGCUACUGCAGCAACAGCAGCAGCAGCAGCAGCCAACCGCCUCCUUACCCACCGAAACCCUUAUGCAAAUACACCGUCUCCUUGGUGUGUCCCUACCGCAAGCUGCUGCUGCUCCCAGUUGUCAGCAGCAACAGAUGCAGCAGCAGCAGCAGCGGCAGGUAGAAGCAGCACAAGAGCCUGUGCGCCGCAUCCCUGAGGAUGCGGCAGCAGCAGCAGCAGCAGCUGCUGCUGCUGCUGCUGCUGCUGCCCCGCACUCCGUAGGUAGGGGCCCGGUUAACCAAGAACCUAUUAAGUUGUUGCGGCAGCGACUGCAGCAGCUGGAGAGAAUGAAGCAGACAAGUGAUCUGCAGCAGCAGCAACAGCAGCAGCAACUCCUGUUGCAGCAGCAGCAGCAGCAGCAGCAGCAGCGUCCUCUGCUGCAGCGGGAGGGUGAGGCGGUUCAGCAUCUUUUAGAUUGUAUUCAGGUGCUGCGGCACCAGCAGCAAAUGCUGCUUCCUCUGAGGGGGACACCAGAUGCACCUUCCGCCCCUGCUGCUGCUGCUGCUGCUGCUGCACCUCCCGCAGCAGCAGAUGGAGAGAAGCAGCAGCAGUCGCUGCAGCAGCGGCUAAUCAACUUCCUGUCGCAGCAGCAGCGGCAGCAGGGUCGGCUGCUGCAGAUCUUGUCUCAGCACCGCCAGCAGGAGAACGGCUCUUGCGAGUCUGCACAGCAGCAGCAGCAGCAACAACAGCAGCAGCAGCAGCAGGUCGAGCAGCAGCAACAACAACAACAGCAACAGAACGAUUCGCUACGGCAGCAGAGAGCGAAGCUGCUUAGUCGUAUUGUGAAUUUGUUGCAGCAGCAGCAACAGCAGCAGCAGCAGCAUCCUUGCAGCGCGAUGGAUGGCGAUGAUGGUCAGCAGCAGCAGCAGCAUCAUGCGCCUGAAGACAUAGCAGCAGCAGCAGCAGCUGCUGCUGCUGCUGCAGGUUCCCACAUUGGUUUUGGUGGGCCGCAGCGAGGGGAUGUGGGGGGCGGGCGCGGAGGGGAGGAGUCUGCAUCUCUUGAUGGGGAGGAAGCAGCAGCUGCUGCUGCUGCAGCAGCUGCUGCUGCAUCUGCUGCUGCUGCUGCACUGCAGCCAGACGAGCAGCAAGAUGUUGCUGCUGCUGCACUGACACGGCAUGCAUUGUCUGGUUUACGACCUUUGCUGCAGGCAGCAUUCCGUUUGCCGCACUUCCCUGUUCAAUCUGCUGCUGCUGCAUCUGCUGCUGCUGCUGCAGCAGCAGGAGGAGGAAACGAAGGAGACACGGAAGCAGGAAGUACUAGUAGUAAUAGUAUUAGUCCUCUUGCUUCUUGUCUUGCUGCUUGUCUAUCACCGUAUACAAAAGAAGAGGAGACAACAACAACACCACCAGCAGCAGCAGGAACAGCAGCACCAGCAGCAGCAGCAACAGCAGCAGCAGCAGCAGCAAGAAGGGGAAUAAGUGUAGGGUUAGGGGUAAGAGAAUGGCAAAGAGACAGCUCUUUCUUAUUCUGUGAAUUAUCACGAUUAAUAAGAGCAGCAGCACAACUUACACCUGAGCCUCUACUAGAGAGUCUCCUUAGGGUAGAUACGCAGCAGCAGCAGCAGCAGCAGCAGCAUCAAUUGCAGCAGCAGCAGCAGCAGCAGGGGGAAAGGGAACAGCAGCAGGAAGGAAACAAGCAGCAGGUCAAGCAGCAAAAUGCUGCUGCUGAUAGUUCGAAACAUGAACAAGGCGAAGAAACACCUGCUGCUGCUGCUACUGCUGCUGCUGCUGCUGCUGCUGCAGCAGGUGCUGCCAGCAAAGAUGCUAAGAGCGAUGAGGAAUCGGGGUCGUCGUCUCCUCAACAGAUAGAUGCAGAGGAGACAGCAGUUGUUGCUAAAUCUGCUGCUGCAGCAGAGCCUGCUACAGCAGCAACAGCUGCAGCAGAUGCUGCUGGUCAACCUGCUGCUGCUGACGAUACUGCAGCUGCUGCAGGCGAAGCUGAAGCAGCAGUUGCUGCAGCAGGAACAGCAACUGCUACAGCAGCAACAUCUGAUGUCGAAAUGUCUGCUGCAGCAACUGCUGCUGCAGCAACAUCUCCUGCAGCAACAUCUCCUGCAGCAACAUCUCCUGCAGCAACUUCUGCUGCAGCAACUUCUGCUGCAGCAAGUCCUGCAGCAACAUCUGCUGCAGCAAGUCCUGCUGAGGCACCUUCUGCUGCAGUAACUUCUGCUGCAGCAAGUCCUGCUGCAGUAACUUCUGCUGCAGCAAGUCCUGCUGAGGCAUCUUCUCCUGCAGCAGCUGCUGCUGAUGCAACUUCUGCUGCUGCAGCUGCGCAUGCGGAGGCGGAGGCAUCAUCACCAUCAGCAGAAGAGGGAAGGGGUCCCUCUCCUGCUGCUGCAGCAUCCCCGGAAACAGCAGCAGCAGCAGCAGCAUCAGAUGGGCCAACAGCAGACGGAGCGUCAAGUCCUGCUGCUGCUGCCGCUGCUGCUGCUGCUGCUGCUGCUGCUGCUAUUGGUGUAGAUGAGGAUGCAUUAGGUAUAAAAGAUAACUCGCGGGGUAUUGAGGGGACAGUAGACACCGCGUGUCUUACUACAAGGGACAUAUCUCCUUAUCAGCAGCAAGACGAGCAGCAGCAGCAACAGCAGCAGCAACAGGAGGAGGAAGACAUGCUGCAGGAUGAGGAUGACCUGCAGCAGCGUGACCAGCAGCAGCAGCUGUUGGGUGUAUCAGCAGUUGAUGCAGCAGCAGGAGCAGCAAGUGAGGGUUUGGCUGCUAUAGUAACUGAGGCAGCAACGGGUGCUGCUGCUGCAGCAGCAGCAGCAACAGCAGCAGAUUUUAAGGAGGAAUUAAGGAGACACAUGGAGAGACAGGAGACACUUACUGAGGAGACAGCUGGGGGCCCAACCUUCCGCUCUCUUCCUAUGGAGUAUUCUCUUAGUCUCUCUGCUGUAUGCGCAAAGGCGUUGCAGCAGUGCGAAGCCGCACAGCUGCUGCUGUCUCCUCCCGUCCAGUGCUGCUGGGAUCGCAUUGUCUCCGUUUGCCAGCCUCAUUGGCAGCAGCAGGUAGAGAACGAGGCUGCUGCUGCUGCUGCUGCACCAACUGCAGCAGAUGCAGGGAGCUCCACAGCAGCAGCAGCAACAGCAGCAGCAGCAACAGCAGCAGCAACAACAACAACAUCUAGUGCUGAGGCGACCGAAUCGAAGCCUUUUUGCAUAAUAUGCCGUUUGCUGCAGCAGCAGUCUGCAGGUCAUGGUUCUCCGAACAGCAACAGCAGCAGCAGCAGCAGCAGCUCGUCUGCAGGUCCGCUGCAGGAAGCCUUCGAGCUGCUGCGGCAGCAGCACCGCCAUGUCUAUCUAGACAUGCAGCGGGCCCCACAGCCGCUGCUGGAUAGGCACAUGCAGGAGUUGCUGCUGAGGAGUAAGCGUAGCAGUUCUGCUGCUGCUGCUGCUGCUGCUCGUAACUCCCUUGGGGGACCACAGAAGAGGGGACGAGAGGGAGCGCAUGCAGCAGCUGACGAACAGCAACAACAGCAGCAGCAACAGCAGCAGCAGCAGCAGCAAGAGCAGCAGCAAGAGUGGAGGGCGCAGCUCCGAUCAGCUAAAGAUCAAGGAGCCUUCGAUGUACAGUGGCCAGACACCAGCAGCAGCAGCAGCAGCAGCGAAGGGGAUAAGGAAUCUAAGGAGAGACAGGGUGCUGCUGCUGCUGCAGCAGCAGAGAGACAGUUAGAGGAGACACUUCUUAUAGCAGCAGCAACAGUUGGGCGCAACGAGAGGGAAAAGUUGGCGCAGCAAUUCCUUCUUCGGGUGUAUGGAAUGGAGACACUGAGGGCUGUGGAGCGCAGGGUGUCUCCGCAUGCAGCAAUAACUAUCUCCUCCACUGCAUGGACAGUGCAGCUCCCUAGUCGUCCUGCUGCUGCUGCUGCUGCUGGGCAGCAGCAACAACAACAGCAGCAAGAGAAGCAGCAACAGCAGCAGGCGGAUGCGAAGAUGGAGAGUGACGCUGACCGCGAGCAGCAGCAACAGGAGGGUGACGAAAGCAGCAGCAGCAGCAGCAGCAGCAGCAGCAGCAGCAGCAGUAAUAGCAAUACCAGCAACGGCACCGACAGCAACAGCAGCAACAGCAGCAGCAGCAACAGCAGCAGCAGCAACAGCAGCAGCAGCAGCAGCAGCAGCAGCAGCAGCAAGACAGCAGAGGCUGCUGGAGGGGAAACGCCUGCAAGCCGAAGCUUUUCGAUCCAUGUGUAUGGGUACUACACUGCUUGCUGCCUAGCCCUUGACGCCUUGCAGCAGCAGCAGCAGCAGCAGCAGCAGCAGCAACAGCAGCAACCACAGCAGGAGCAGGAGCAGCAGCAGCAGCAGGAGGGGAGUGAUGAGGGAAAAGGGCAGCAGGUGCCGUUAUUUUCUUCCUUGCUGCUGAGGAGACAGGAGACACUAGAGGAUGAAUGGUUUGUAUCUACAUGGGGGCCCCUCCUUGCGGACCCUGGGGGCCCCCCUGCCUCGUUGCUAAAGAGCAGCACGAGAGACAACAGCAGCAACAGCAGCAGCAGCAGGAACAACAGCAACAACAACAGCAGCAGCAGCAGCAGCAGGAGCUGCAGCAGCCAAGUAAUGACUGUAUCUGCGCAUGCAAUUAAGGAUGUAACAGAGGAUUGCCGUCUAUGGGAAGAGACAGUUGCUGCUGCUGCAGCAGCAGCAGCUGCCAUGGCCUGA